CUCUCCUAAUAAUAAGUUUGAAGUUGACUUUUUAGAGUUUGCACUUUUUUAAAUUUGAGCAUUGUUUGGGGAGUUUUUUGGUUUGCUGUUUUGUGUGGCUCUAGUCAGAAAGAAGUGUAGUGUUCUGCAGUGGCUCUGUCUAUCUACACAUAUCUGUAUCUGUGUGCAUGCCUGUGUGUGUGUCACAGAGGUCCCACAGCACCUGACUCACCCACCCACCGUCACCGCCACUCGUCCAGGGUGUUUGUCCUGAGAACUGUGAGCUGACAGGGAGAGACGGUAGUGAAGCCAGGGGCUGACGGAGGAGAAGCGACCAACAGAGGCCGGCCAGGACAAAAGGAUAGCAGGGGGAGAGGACGGAGAACACGCACACAGCGAGCAGGAGGAGAAGCCACACAGCCAGCGGAGUUGUUAGCAGGAGGAGUGUUGACGUUUAACCGAAGAUGAGUACGUACACAGUGACUCUGAAUGGCCCCGCUCCAUGGGGCUUCAGACUACAGGGAGGGAAGGACUUCAACAUGCCACUCACCAUCUCCAGGAUAACUCCGGGCAGCAAGGCAGUGGGCGGCAGCCUGGCCCAGGGCGACAUCAUCUCAGCCAUCGAUGGGGUCAGCACCGAGGGGAUGACGCACCUGGAAGCCCAAAACAAGAUCAAGUUGGCCACCAACAAACUGUCACUCACCAUGCAGAAAUCAAGACGUACUACAGCAUUUCCCACAACAGCUGCAAGAAUGGACUCACCCAUGCCAGUCAUCCCCCACCAGAAGGUUAUCGCAAACACAGCUGCAAAUGUGGAGUACACCCCCAGCUUCAACCCUAUUGCUCUGAAAGACUCGGCCCUGUCCACCCACAAGCCCAUUGAAGUGAGGGGUCCGGGAGGAAAGGCCACCAUUGUUCACGCCCAGUACAACACACCAAUCAGCAUGUACUCACAGGACGCCAUCAUGGACGCCAUCGCAGGGCAGUCGCAGGCCAAGGGACACGACAGUGAGGAGGCGGGCUCCCCCUUGGCUGGAGCUCUGCCUGUCAAGGACCCUGUGGUAGACUGUGCGUCUCCGGUUUACCAGGCAGUGAUCAGGCCAGGAGAGUCAAACCAGGAUAUGUCUGAUUGGGCUCGUCGUGCUGCCAACCUGCAGUCCAGGAGCUUCAGGAUGCUGGCCCACAUCACUGGAACUGAAUACCUGCAAGACCCAGACGAGGAAGCCCUGCAGAGGUCAAGAGAGAAGUUUGAGUCGGAGGUGAAAGGGCCCCGCUUUGCCAAGCUGAAGAACUGGCACAAUGGACUGUCUGCACAGAUCCUCAAUGUCCAGAAUUAAGGAAAGCAGGAAAUAAUGAGAGAUGGGGAGGAGGAGGACAUGUGAAGGAAGACAUGGACAAAAAGCCUACGAGUUGACAGGAGAAGGGGAUAAAUUAUGGAGGGAUUAAAAAAAAAAAAAGAGCAGCAAGAGGAGGAAACUCCUCAGGAAUGUGAGAUAGUGUUGUAGCUUAGAUUAGUAGAAUGUGAGAUACAAACUGUUAGUGUGAGAAUGCUACGUGUUCAUAAGCUCAAUAUUACCUGUUAAAUGUAUCCGUCUGCUGCUAAGACCUGAUCUCGCAUUUGGGUUUUUCCACAGGCUGUAUAUAAAGAUGGGCGCGCCGUAACAGCUCCCCAAAAGUGAAGCCGAAACAUCUUGAUUGCCCCUGGUGGCUGGCUGCAGUAUGGAUCAUAACCCUGCUCCCUCCGUGUUAGCAGAUAGGACAUUAGCCAAACUAAAAGAUCAAAGUACACGUCAAAUACAUUUUUCGGUACUUCUUAUUGCGCUGAUAUUUGUUAAUGUGUUCAUUUGAAUGCUAAGUUUGGUUUUGAUAAGUUAUUUAAUGCUAUAAUAUGGGGGGGGGGGGGGGGGGGGGGGGGGGGGGGUCACAUCAUGAUUGACAGCUGUGUGUGCCAAUCAGUGUGCUCAGGAUCAAUGGCACUACUCAUGAUUGGCUCAGAUGGCAGGAACUCGAUAAUGCAGAGAUCGUUACUGCGCAGACGCUGGCUCCAAAUUACUUUACAAGCGCAGGAUGCACAGCACCCAUAUCCGAGAUAUUCUGGCUUCACUUUUGUGCAACGGGAGGAAACGGAGAAGCGUUGUCCAGCUUUAUAUAACGUCGAUGGGUUUUUCUCUUUGUUUCCUGUUUGUUUUGGCUCUGUCUCUCCUAAACGAAAGGGAAAUUGUACAAAAAAAUAGUGAAAAUGCAGAACUGAUAUUUCUUUUAGUACAUAAACCGCAUUAACAAUGAGUUAUGGAUUUUAACACUAAGCAUGCUUGUGAGAAGGCACAUAAGGACAAAUACACACAUAGAGAUUUACCUAAAUGCACAAAUACAGUAUGUAAAAAAAAUGCACUCAAAAAUGUACUUAUAUCAAUGUGAAUAAAUGUUUUCUUAAAACCAUAAGGCUGAGUGAACCGUUGUCAACUCACAAAUGACAUGAACGUGUCACUGUUUAUUUUGAGAAUCAAAAACUGGGGGCAUGGCGUAGUGUCAUGAUUGAUUCCUCAAUCAGUGAGUCCCAUUUCCUGUCAGUUUCAGCGCUGUAGGUAUGGCAGAGGGGAUGUUUUGACUUUGCAGGAAAGAGCAUCUAACAGCUUUUGACAGUGGCAUCACCUUCAGGACAAAUACAUCUGCAACAAGAGAGAGGAACAGGGCACACAGUAGUAUUCCCUAUCUCAGACAGCCUACCCUUAGCAGGUCAGAUAGUAAUAAUCAGGUGGAUGAUCUUGACGAGGAGGAGGGUGUCAUGGAGGAUGAAGCUCACAGAGAGGGAGGACAGCUCAGCCCCUUCAGGUAGCCGGGGUGCCAAAUGCAAGAUGGUAAAAUGGACUGCACUUGGCACUGGUGGCCGAGGCUACCAUACAGAGUACUCAGGAACCAUUCACUCGCACUCACACACCGAUGGAACAGCCACCAAGGACAAUUUGGGGUUCAGUACCAGACAUGGUGUGCAAAGGCCUUCACAAAAUAAGGUUUCAAGAUUAGCAACACUGUUCAUGCCAAAAUGACUUUUCACUAAGCUCCGCCCCUUUGUGAUGGUCCAACAAGCUGUCGGAGUAAGCAUGGAGCAUUUUCGGAAACAGUGAUUCCAGAGAGAAGCAGACACAGGGGUCUACAGUCUGUGUUUGAAGGAUAUAUCCAGGAUGUCAAACUGACUCAGCAGCAACAACAGGUUAAACAGACAAAGACAUUUAGAAGCUAAAGCCGAAAGAUGUACAGGUUUUUACCUAAAAUUACCUAAAAUUACUUGAAAAAAUGAUGCAUAUACCUGCUAUAAAUGGGAAAUAAAUCCCCCCAAGGAAGUAUGCCCCUGACCCCCCUAGGUUUGGGCAGAGCCCCGCAUGUUUCUCAUCUGGUUCCGCCCCUGAACUGAAGCUUAGUACUUCAGGGUUUAACAAAAAAACACCUUAAAGUGGAUGGAGUUUGUUUUUGUUGAAUGAAUACAUGACUUGAAAUAAAGACCUUUAUUAACUGGA